AUGGCGAUAAUUGGAGAUGCAUUGCGGCAGGCCUUCAUGCCGAAACACGAGUACGAGAGCCUUAGAGAAGAGGAUAAGGCGUGGUGCAAGCUGCAGAAGCCGUUAAUUGUCUCUGCAUUGAUGGUAUUAUGUGUUUCUGUUUUGAUUUCAGCUGUAAUUAGCUUGAGGAUAGUGUUUCCUAAGGAUAAUUUGAGACGACCUUUCUGCGGCGAGUUUCGGAAUCAGCGAUUCUUGGUUAAUUUCACUAUGGAAUCUGGUGGUAACGGUGGAGACGGGGACAGCGAGAUGGAUCUGUUGCCCGGGGCGUUUGUUAUGACGGAUCAGGAGACGGUUGAUUAUUACUGGAUGGUCGUUUUUAUGCCAUCGGCUAUGAUUUUCGCGGUGUCGGCAAUUUACUUAGUUGCAGGAAUUACUGUUGCCUGUGCUGCUCCUGCAAAACACAUAUGCUUGAAGGUGGUUGAGAAUAAUUACUGUGCUUCUAGAAGAGGAGGUGUACGCUGUCUAUCCAUCCUAAACGCCACGUUUGCCAUCAUAUUCGGUCUUCUUGCACUAAUCCUUGGUUCAACUCUCCUCACGCUGGGCAGCAGCUGCUCAUUGCCGUUGUUUUGGUGCUAUGAAAUCGCAUCAUGGGGGCUGGUAGUUCUGUAUGGAGGAACUGCCUUCUUUCUAAGAAGUAAAGCAGCUGUAAUUCUUGACGAGAAUGACUUUGCUAGAAGGAAUAUUGGGUUGGAAAUGCUCGAAAUAAAUCCAGUGGAAGUCACACCCCAGGUGGAGAGACGUGUGAACGAAGGUUUUAAGUCAUGGAUGGGGCCAUCUUUCCUAUCCUCAGACGAGGAAGAUGAAUCGGAUGACUAUCAGGAAGUGCCAAAUCUGACACGUACAAUCUCCAGCAGGCAGAGAGUGUGA